UGUCAUCAUUACGCGACUGUCAACAACACCGUGCUCACAUGGCUCUCCUCAGCCUGAGCUAACAGCACAUUUCUAGACUUUAAUCAGCUGGAGUUCCGCUGAUUCUGCUGUUAAAACUAACGCUGUGUCUCUGCUGGGGCUGGACGUGGAUUUCUAUGAUGGCUCUGUUUACUAUAAACCGGUAUUUGGGAGACGAGGAGGAAAAGGAAUCGACCAGCGAGUCACGAUCCAAAGCCCUGCUGGCCAAGCUCCAGAAACAAGCGAAGGCAAGAGAGCAGCAGAGUCUCGCUACUAAAGAGCAGCUUACUGUCCAAGACGCUGACACAACUCAGAUCACCUCAGGAAAGAAGAAAAGAAAACCGGAAAAAGUAGAAGAAGAAGAGAAGAAACAGCACAAGAAGAAAAAGAAGAGGAAAGAGAAGGAGGAAAGCACUGAGCAGCUGGAGGACGCUAAUGGGAUAUCUGUUUCUGUGGAGGCUGCUGAGAAAGCCAUAACUGGUACUUUACCAAAGAAGAAGAAGAUAAAGGACAAAAACAAGGCAGUUAUCAAGGAGGAGGAACAAGACACAAAUCAUCCAUCUGAAGAGAAUGCUGAAGCAGUGGAGGAGACUACAGGUGAUGGAGUCGAAGCCAAGGAAAGCCAGGAAACUGCCAAUGGCCACCCUGAUCCUUCAGACACAGAGCCAAGGAAGAUCUCCUCUGACAACAGCUUCCAGAUCCUGGGUGGAUAUAUGAAAAAGAGAGUACAAAAGGUCCAGAGAGUCCUGCCUAAGUGGCUGGCUGAGCCGGAUAUGAUUGAGAAAGAUAUUAAAAGUAAUCUGGUCACUCUGAGUGAUGUAGCAGGCAUCUGUCCAGCGCUACAGAAGAAGCUGGAGGCCAAGGGGAUCCAUAGCUUCUUCCCAGUUCAAGCUGAGGUAAUUCCUGCCAUCUUGGAGACUGUGAAUUCAGGGCUGCUGAUUGGUCAAGGUGGCUACAGGCCCAGAGACAUCUGCGUUUCUGCUCCUACAGGAAGUGGAAAGACACUGGCGUUUGUUAUACCUGUCAUACAGGCGCUGAUGAUGCGAGUGGUGUGUGAAGUUCGCGCCCUGGCCGUGUUACCCACCAAAGAGCUUGCAGAGCAGGUGUACAAGGUUUUCUGCUCUUAUGCUGAAGGAACUGAUCUGAAAGUGGUCAUGGCUGCAGGGCAGAAAUCUUUUGCUGCAGAACAGGCAACCCUUACAGAAACCAGGGGCAGGAGGUGUCGCAGUCUAGCAGAUAUAGUAGUAGCUACUCCCGGCCGACUGGUGGAUCACAUUAACAAAAACGAGAGCUUUUCUCUCCAACACCUUCGCUUUCUGAUCAUUGACGAGGCAGACAGGAUGAUCGACAGCAUGCACCAGGCCUGGCUCAAUCAGGUCAUCAAAGCAGUCUAUAAAAGUGGGAGUGGCACAGACACAUCAGUUUUCAAGAGGGUGGAGCCAGGCCCAAUAACAGUAGCAAGUCUGUCCGUCCCUCAGAUGCCACUGCAGAAGCUUCUCUUCUCAGCCACUCUGACCCAGAACCCAGAGAAACUCCAGCAGCUGGGGCUCCACCAGCCACGGCUUUUCAGCUCCACGCACACGUCCACACAAAACAGCACACACACCGAGGAGAAAUUCGACUUCCCCCAGGGUCUCACGGAGUAUUAUGUUCCCAGCACUAUGAACAAGAAGCCUCUCCUCAUCCUCCACUUCCUGCUCCGGCUGAAGUACAAGCCCGUCUUGUGCUUCACAAACUCCAGAGAAGCUGCACACAGGCUCUUCCUGUUGUUGAAGUUCUAUGGAGGAGUGGAAGUGGCUGAAUUUUCCUCCAGACUCAGUCCGACAGAAAGACAGAAAACUCUGAAGAGUUUUGAACAGGGAAAGAUUGCAAUGUUGAUCAGCACUGAUGCUGCCGCCAGGGGGAUCGAUAUAAAGGCAGUUAAAUGCGUCAUUAAUUAUGAUGCACCACAAUACAUCAGGACAUACAUCCACAGGGUGGGAAGGACAGCAAGAGCAGGACAAGCUGGAGUGGCCUUCACGUUCCUCUUAGCAAUACAGAUGAAAAGGUUUCAAAAAAUGUUGCUGAAUGCUGGAAGUCCUGGUCUACAGAAACACGUAGUUAAACCACAGCAUCUCAGCGGCCUGGAGAGUCGAUAUGAAGAAAUAUUAGUUGAACUGGGUGAAGCUAUAAAGGAGGAGAAAGCCCAGAACAGAUUCUGAAAGGAAGGUGACCAGGAUUUGACCCAGCUGAAUAAAUAUUUGUCUGUUCCUUUGUCUCUGUCUAAACUUUAAUACAUCUUUUCCUCCACAAAAGACUUUGUAUUUUGAAUAAAUCUUUUUACAUUAA